ACUUAAUAAUGGUAGGUCAUGAGUAUAAAUUUUCUUUCAUGGAAAUAUAUAAUGAUCAUUCCCUUUAAAUGUUCACUCUUGUUUUAAAAAUAAAUUUGGAAUAUAAGACAACCUAACUUUUCCUUGGAUUAUAAGAAAAUUGAAUUUAUUCUCCGGAUAAAUUCAAAUUGUUAGAGAUGAACAAACAAAUUUCUACAAUUGCAAUUUCAUAUAUUACGAUCUUAAUUUACUUGGGAUAUGCCCAAGUAAUUACUGUCAAGGUUUAUAUGGUUGGAGACAACCAUGGUUGGGGCCCUGGCAAUGAUUAUUCGAAGUGGGUUAAAGGGAAAACCUUUUACAAGGGUGAUAUUCUUGUUUUUCGUUAUGCAGAAGGAUAUAGUGUAGAUGAAGUGGAUGCUAAGAGAUUCAAGAAAUGUGAUUCAACCUAUUCUUUAUAUUCGGCAACAGAUGGAAAUUCUUCAAUUACUCUUACGAAAUCUGGAGUUCAUUAUUUUAUUGGGGGUUUAUUUAAUGAGUGUUCUCAGGGCAUGAAUCUCACUCUCACUGUCAACUAAACCCUUUAAAUUCUUUAUUUUGCACUUGUAUUAUUAUUGAUUAUUAAUUAUAGCAUCCUUAAUCAACAAAAUUCAAUGAAUAAUCAUAUAUAUAGGACAAGAAUUUUUUUAAUGUAAGAAAAUAAUAACAUA